CAGCGUUAUAACACAAUAAGAUUCUCGUCCGUUGAAUUCUGAACUAUUACAUACAAGGGUCAAUUAUAAUAACAUUAAAACCUCAAUAAAAGGUAAAGACGAGCGAUAGACAGGAUGCAACCAUCCAGUUAUGUCCGUGGUAAUACUACGAUGCAACUCUAGUCUCAAUUGUAUAUAUAAAUGGAUACGCCAGAAACAGAUGUAGCACCAAAGUCGCUAAUGCGCAUGCCGGGAGAUUGUAUACAAAUUGAAGAAGAUCGAGAUAAAGUACUGAAAAGGGUGAGACAACUCUUAGGAUGGAAGCAUGACACCUUUCCAGGAGCACAACCGGUAUCGUUAACACGGAAUGACCUGCAGCUUCUCUUCCGUAGCGACUAUGUUGUAUGUGAAAAAACAGACGGUAUUAGGGCGCUGUUGCUGGCUGCUUCUGGUGCUAUAUAUCUUAUAGGAAGAGAUGAGGGGGUAUACCACGUGCCAGUUAGGCUACCAGUACGUGGCAACUUAACAGAAUCGCAACAAAUAACACUCUUGGAUGGAGAAAUCGUAUUGGAUACAGUUGAAAUAGAUGGCAUCGAGACACAGCAACCAAGGUUUAUGUGCUAUGACGGUAUAUAUGUGCAACGAAGAUCACUCAAGGAAUUGAACUUUCUCGAAAGAAUAUCGAUUGUCUAUACCGAUGUCAUACAACCAUAUGCUAAGUCAAUUAAAUCGCAAAAUGCAAAGCCGCCACUGACCAUAUACCUCAAGGAUUUCUUUGAUAUAUCACACAUCACGCAUAUUGAAAAUCUAGCACAGCAGUUGCCGCACGUAAGUGACGGUCUCAUUUUUACUCCUGUGAGGUUACCAUAUUUACCGGGUACGUGCAACAAGCUGCUGAAGUGGAAACCUCCGCAUCUAAAUACCGUUGAUUUCAGUGUAGAUGUUCUGUAUGAUGAACAUAAGACACCAAGGUUGGUUGAACUGUUCGUAAUGUUAAAGGGCACACGCGUGUUCUAUAAUGAAUACUUGGCUCCAUACGGGGAAGUAUAUCGACAUAUACUAUCGAUGGCUAUUAGCAACAAGAUUACCCAGCUUAUCGUGGAAUGUUCUUGGAUCACAGACGCAAGAAUUUGGACUUUCAUCCCAAAGGUUAAACCACGUAAAGACAGCGUGAUCAAUAGCAUGAAUGAUGGAAGGGCAGAUUACGAUUUUGACAAUGGAACGUGGGUCCAGGGUGGAUGGUACGCCGAACGUAUACGUGAUGAUAAAAAGUUGCCAAACAGCCUCCAUGUUGUCGAUAGUGUAAAAUCCAGUAUUGAGGACGAUAUCACUCUGCAGAUGCUGGUGGAAGAAUUUGCUCUAUUUCAUAAAAACGGGAAAAUACCACUAUACAAUAAGUGCAUAAUGCCAGAGGGGUACAGCGUAAAAUAAUGCUGGUGCCCUUUUCUGUGAAUGCAUCUAAAGUACAUCACAAAACACCUGUAUUCGGUUUACCAGGGACAAAAAUUAUA